AUGGCGGAGCUCCCGACUUCGGGACUGCGCAAGGCCAGGAGCAAGCUCUCCAGCACCUCCCCUGCUACAUCCGAGACGGAGCAGUGGGAUGUGGAGAUGUUCGCGGGGCAGCCGACGCCGAGGAGCGCGCGAGGGAACGCGCAGAGCACGGCGGUGGCGAAAGGGAAGCGAUCUUCAAGGUCAACUACACCAAGGGUGUCCGAUGCAGAAGCAACUCCGCCACCAUCGGACAUUUGGGAGCAUAUUGUAGAGCAAACGAAAAUUUCGUUGAGCCCUCGAACGAAGCUAAGAAGCAAUCCUAACAGCGCGCAACCAACACCGCGGAACGGAAAUCCUACGAAGCCAAAUCAAACAGCAGACUUCAGUGCUGUUGCAACUUUGUGCCACUCAACCGCAACGGCGGAAGUGAAGCCUGACAAGUAUGUCACCGCAUUAAAGCACAAGAUCACUGAGCUGGAACAAAAGGACGCUGAUAAAGAAGCAAGAAUCUCAGUGCUGGAAUCUCUCGUGAUCGUGCUUGCACGAGGAAAAGGCCUGAAGCUUCAGUAUGUCGGAGCAGACGAGAAACUGGGGCUGCAGGAAUUCCAUCUUGACAUGAAAUCUAUCCUGCCACAGCGAGUGAAGAAGACGCCGAUGCAUGUUGACAACGACUUGUCAGAGUCGAGUGAAGCGAUCUCACACAGCCUUGUAAGAUUUCACUCUUUGUCGGUACCAGCGAUGACGGGCCCGAAGGAGGAGUCGAUCAUGCAUGUGAUGCCCAAGAAGACAGGAAGCGACCAGGACUUCGAAUCGGAUGAGGAUGAUGGAGAGGAGCCGAAGGGUAUGAUCCGGACGUCGAAGAUCCAGAGGGAGCUUGAAGACGGUCGGAGAGCUGAGGAGGAGGAUGACGAAGAUCUCACCAUGUGGAUUCAGAACUCGGAGAAUGCGUACGGUGCUUUUAUUCACCUUGCGUUUCAAGAAGGACUAUUCAAUGCAAUCGUCAAAGCUGGUCCGGAGGAGGAGGAGGAAGAGGAGAAGGGUGAGGAGGAGAAUGAUUUGCACGCGUACCAGAUGAUUCUCCUCGCCUUCUUCGUUCAAGCUGCUUUCGCGUGGUACCUCUGGCAGUCAUGCCCGUCCGUGCGAGACUCGCUCUUCUGCAACGUUCCCAUCCCCCUGCAGCUCGCGGCCAUUGGAGUCUACCUGACGCUGAUGACGCAAGCGAUCAACCGUCUCAAGACAGCGAUGUUGGUCUGUCUGUUCAGCGUUGAGAAGAGGAGAGAGGAAGGGGAAGACGAUAUCAUCUACCCCAUCCACAUCUCCAGCAUCACCCGAUCUGCAGUUUUUCUUCUUGCAGUCACGACCAACGCCAUCACCUGGCUGGCUCUUACGGCUGUUGGUUGUCACUUUAUUCUCACUCAGAACGACGUUCAGAUGGUGUUGAGAUCGACAGUUGUUAUGAUGUUUGUGCAGAACGUGGACGAGAUAUCAUAG